AUGGAUGUGGUCGGCGCCGCGACGCCGGCGCCCGCGGGCGUCGGCGACACGGCCGAGUCCGCGGAGCUCGCGCGGCGCAUGGACGCGCUGCGCGCGAGCCCCGCGGCCGUGGCGCUGCGCGAGCUCGACGCGACCGUGCGCCUGUGCCCCGGCGACGCCUACUUUUACGACGAGGCCCUGGGCCAGGUCGUCGUCCAGCGCAAGGCGACCUUCGUCGCCUACGGCCUCGGUCGCGGCGCCGCGGCGCCGCCGCCGCGGGGCGUCCUCGUCGGCGCGACGGCGUGCCGGCUCGCGGUGUCGUCGCUCGACGGGUCGCUCCUCGCGGUGCAGGUGUCCGAGACCCUCGUGCUCGUCGCCGAGGCCGACGGCCCGCGGCGCUGGCGCGUCGAGGUCCGCGGCGGCGCGCCGGGCGUCGGCGCGUUCCUCGAGCGCCUCGCGGGCGGCGGCGGCGGCGGCGGCGACGGCGCGCCGCGCGUCGUGCCCGGCGGCGUGCUCUGGUCCGACCACGGCGGCACGUCGCAGGACCUGAUCGUCGUCACGACGCGCGGCGCGGACCUCUACAAGGUGUCGUCGGCCCGGGGCCAGUGCAAGCUCGUCCGGACCCUCGGCCACGCGACGCGGUGCUUCCGCUACGCGCCAGCGCACCGGCUCCUCGUCCUCGCGACGGGGCCCGACGGCUCCGAGCUCCGCUGCUACUUCCUCCGGCGCGACGUCGGCGACCUGCCGCGCUUCGAGCUGCCGCCGCCGGAGCGCGUCCCGCCGCUCGCGCUCGCCGGCUACGGCGCCGGCCGGGGCGGCACAAGAGAGCGACAUGCCCAACUUCAAAGGCUCCUCUCUCGGCCGUUUUCCACUCGCGCCGGCGGCCCCGCGCUCGACCCGCGCGACCUGCUGCUCGCGGCGGCCUACGGCGAGCCCCUCCUGCUCCACCGGCGGCCGGGCGCGCGGGCGCUGGACGUCUUCGCCGUGCGGCGCGACGGCUGCGCGCCCCUGCGGACGCUCGAGCCGGGCUUCCCGGGGCCCUACGGCGUUUCGGCGACGGACGACCUCCUGCUCGUGCACGGCGCCAAGGCGCGCGCGACGGCGGUCUUCGACGUGCGCGGGCCCCGGGGCCCCGCGGCCGUCGACGUCGGCGGCGCGGCCUCGAAGCGCGCUACGGGCCGCGAGGUCCGGUUCGGGAACUCCUCGGGCCGCGCGGCGCACUGGGCCCAGACGCAGCAGCCGAAGCACUAG